UCGCUCACUCUGAUUGUGUUUGUCUGCUGUAACCGGGGAGAUAUUUUUGGAGGACAACAUAAAGGCAACUAAAUCUGUCCAUAUUACAAAAAGGGUACAGAGCUACACCAAUUUGAAGGGAUCUACAGAAAAUGUGCACAUAGCACAUCUACCUUGGUUGAUUACGAGACCUAUGCGAUUCUCUGGAGUAUGACUGUAUAAUUGCAAUAUUCAGCAACCAGCCCCGACACCUUAUCAUGUAAGGUUGAGCAGAGAUGAGAGGAUACUAACUAGGCAAUGCACUUUCUUAUGCAGGAGGCUAACCAUUAACUUUGAAGGUGCAGGAUGAAAAGAUGGCUCAACGGCUUGUACCGCCAGGACCUGAAAGCUUCCGCCUGUUUUGCCGAGAAUCUCUUGAUGCUAUUGAAAAGCGCAUUGCAGAGGAGAAAGCAAAGAAACCCAAAGGGGACCGUCGAGACAAUGACGAUGAAAAUGGCCCAAAGCCAAACAGUGACUUGGAAGCUGGAAAAUCACUGCCAUUUAUUUAUGGUGACACCCCUAAAGGAAUGGAUUCAGAACCCUUGGAGGAUCUGGAUCCAUAUUACAUGAAUGAAAAAACCUUUAUAGUAUUGAACAAAGGGAAGACAAUCUUCAGAUUUAAUGCCACACCUGCCUUGUACAUCUUAAGUCCUUUCAAUCCUCUUAGAAAACUAGCGAUUAAGAUAUUGGUACAUUCAAUGUUCAGCAUGCUUAUCAUGUUAACUAUCAUGACCAACUGUACGUUUAUGACCUUGAGCAACCCUCCUGAUUGGGCAAAGAAUGUAGAGUACACAUUCACUGGAAUUUACACAUUUGAAUCACUUCUAAAAAUUCUUGCAAGGGGCUUCUGUAUAGGUAAAUUUACAUUCCUUCGAGACCCAUGGAACUGGCUGGAUUUCAGCGUAAUCGUCAUGGCGUAUGUAACAGAGUUUGUAAACCUAGGCAAUGUUUCAGCUCUUCGAACUUUCAGAGUAUUGAGAGCUUUGAAAACUAUUUCUGUAAUCCCAGGCCUGAAGACAAUUGUGGGCGCCCUGAUCCAAUCGGUGAAGAAGCUCUCGGAUGUAAUGAUUUUGACUGUGUUUUGUCUAAGUGUUUUUGCACUAAUAGGGCUUCAACUUUUUAUGGGCAAUUUAAGACAAAAAUGUAUACGAUGGCCACCUGCUGAAUCGGGUCCCAGUUUAAAUUUCUCCUUGAUCAACACAAUGGAUGUAAAUGGAACAGUGUUAAACUUAGCUGAGAACACAUUCAACUGGACAGCAUACAUCAAUGACAAAACAAAUUAUUACUUCAAAAAAGGACAUAGGGAUGCUCUGCUGUGUGGCAAUGGCAGUGACGCGGGGCAAUGCCCUGAAGGUUUUACAUGUUUAAAAGGGGGCAGAAACCCGGAUUAUGGAUACACAAGUUUUGACACAUUUGGUUGGGCUUUCUUGUCAUUGUUUCGGUUAAUGACUCAAGACUUCUGGGAAAAUCUGUAUCAGCAGACCCUACGAGCAGCUGGGAAAACAUACAUGUUAUUCUUUGUGCUGGUCAUUUUCCUGGGAUCAUUCUACCUUGUGAACUUGAUUCUGGCUGUAGUUGCCAUGGCCUAUGACGAACAAAACCAAGCAACACUCGAAGAAGCCGAACAGAAGGAAGCAGAAUUCCAGGCAAUGCUUGAGCAACUGAAGAAACAGCAAGAAGAUGCACAGGCUGCCGCUGCAGCAGCUGCCAAUGAGUAUGGUGAGUACAGUGGAGGCUGCGGAGUGACUGAGAGCUCCUCAGAGGCAUCGAAGCUCAGCUCCAAGAGUGCCAAGGAACGGAGAAACAGACGCAAAAAGAGAAAACAGAAAUAUGAGGAUGAGGAGAAAGGGGACACUGAUAAAUUUCACAAAUCAGAAUCUGAAGACAGCAUAAAAAGAAGAGGCUUUGGCUUUUCUUUUGAUGGAAACAGGCUUAGCUAUGAAAAGAGAUAUUCCUCCCCGCACCAGUCUCUGCUGAGUAUUCGGGGCUCCUUGAUUUCUCCGCGACGCAACAGCAAAGCAAGUCUGUUCAGCUUCAGAGUGCGUAGGGAUGUAGGCUCCGAGAAUGACUUUGCAGAUGACGAACACAGCACCUUUGAAGAUGGUGAAAGCAGAAGGGGUUCACUCUUUGUGCCGCAUAUGCUGGAGAGACGCAACAGUAACAUCAGCCAGACCAGUAGAUCAUCCAGAGUAAUGCUUCCCAUCAAUGGAAAGAUGCACUGCAACGUGGAUUGCAAUGGAGUGGUUUCGCUAAUGGGUGGACCAUCGGGGCCAACCUCACCUGUUGGAUGCCUUCUGCCAGAGGCCACCACCACAACUGAAACUGAGACCAAGAAGAAAAGAUCUGGGUCUCAUCAGAUGUCAAUGGAUUUUUUAGAUGAGCCUACUGCAAGGCAAAGAGCUUUAAGUGUGGCAAGCAUUUUAACAAACACCAUGGAUGAACUCGAAGAAUCACGACAGAAAUGCCCACCAUGUUGGUACAAAUUUGCUAACACUUUCCUCGUAUGGGACUGCAGCCCGAACUGGCUUCGAAUCAAGACGAUAGUGAAUUUAAUUGUGAUGGAUCCUUUUGUAGACCUUGCAAUCACUAUCUGCAUUGUUCUGAACACAUUAUUCAUGGCCAUGGAGCAUUAUCCAAUGACCACGGAGUUUAACAAUGUGCUGUCUGUGGGAAAUCUGGUGUUUACUGGAAUCUUCACUGCAGAAAUGAUUUUCAAAAUUUGUGCUAUGGACCCCUACUAUUAUUUUCAAGAAGGCUGGAACAUUUUUGAUGGUAUUAUUGUGAGCCUAAGCUUAAUGGAGCUUGGUCUGGCAAAUGUUGAGGGACUGUCUGUACUGCGAUCAUUCAGACUGCUGAGGGUGUUUAAAUUAGCCAAGUCCUGGCCAACGUUGAACAUGCUCAUCAAGAUCAUUGGCAAUUCUGUGGGAGCUCUUGGAAACUUGACUUUGGUGCUCGCCAUCAUCGUUUUCAUUUUUGCUGUGGUGGGAAUGCAGCUGUUCGGAAAGAACUACAGAGACUGCGUUUGCAAAAUUGAUGAGAAUUGCGAGCUACCACGCUGGCACAUGUUUGAUUUCUUUCAUUCCUUCUUGAUUGUGUUCCGAGUCCUGUGUGGAGAGUGGAUUGAGACCAUGUGGGACUGCAUGGAGGUAGCUAGUCAGAGCAUGUGCCUCAUUGUAUUCAUGAUGGUUAUGGUGAUUGGGAAUCUUGUGGUAUUGAAUUUGUUCCUGGCUUUGCUUCUGAGCUCAUUUAGUGCAGACAAUCUUGCUGCUACAGACGAUGAUAGUGAAAUGAACAAUCUACAGAUUGCCGUGGGAAGGAUUCAGAGAGGCAUUGACUUCACGAAAAAAACCCUCAGAGAAUUCUUUCAAAACACGUGCAUAAGAAACAAGAAGGUGCUUAAUGAAAUCAAACCCCUUGGAGAGCUGCACAACAUAAAAGACAGCUGCAUUUCCAAUCACACAACAGUCGAAUUAAUCAAGGAGCCAGAUUUCCAUAAGGAUGGCAAUGGGACAACAAGUAGAAUAGGCAGCAGUGUGGGAAAGUACAUGAUCGAUGAAAGUGAUUGCAUGUCCUUCAUCCAUAAUCCUAGCCUCACGGUGACAGUGCCAAUUGCAGUGGGAGAGUCCGACUUUGAGAACCUCAACACAGAGGAAUUCAGCAGUGAAUCGGACAUUGAAUGCAGCAAAGAGCAACUAAAUCAGUUCAGCUCCUCUGAGGGAAGUACUGUCGACAUCCAACCACUUGGAGAAGGAGAGCCAAUAGAAGUGGAACCUGAGGAAGCCCUCGAGCCUGAAGCCUGUUUCACCGAAGGAUGUGUACGGAAGUUUCAGUGCUGUCAGGUGAACAUAGAGAAAGGCAAAUGGAAAAUGUGGUGGAACCUGAGAAAAACGUGUUUCCGGAUUGUCGAACACAACUGGUUUGAAACUUUCAUCAUCUUUAUGAUCCUUCUCAGCAGUGGUGCGCUGGCCUUUGAAGAUAUUUACAUUGAGCAGAAGAAGACCAUCAAGAUCAUGCUGGAAUAUGCUGAUAAAGUCUUUACCUACAUUUUCAUUUUGGAAAUGCUUCUGAAGUGGGUGGCCUAUGGGUUUGUGAAGUAUUUUACCAAUGCCUGGUGCUGGCUGGACUUCCUCAUUGUUGAUGUGUCUUUAAUCAGCUUAACAGCCAAUGCCUUGGGCUACUCAGAACUGGGUGCCAUUAAGUCUCUUAGGACGCUGCGAGCAUUGAGACCUUUAAGGGCCCUGUCACGGUUUGAAGGGAUGAGGGUGGUCGUCAAUGCUCUUCUUGGAGCAAUUCCAUCCAUCAUGAAUGUGCUCCUGGUCUGUCUUAUAUUCUGGCUCAUUUUUAGUAUAAUGGGUGUGAAUUUGUUUGCUGGGAAGUACUAUCACUGUGUUAACACCACGGAUGGAGAGCGCUUCCCGAUUAGUGUUGUUUACAACAAGAGUGAAUGCCUAAUGCUCAGCCAGAGUGCCCGCUGGAAGAACGUGAAAAUCAACUUUGACAAUGUGGGGGCCGGUUACCUUGCUCUACUGCAAGUGGCCACAUUCAAAGGGUGGAUGGACAUUAUGUAUGCAGCUGUGGAUUCACGUAAUUUGGAGGAACAGCCUGAUUACGAAGUUAAUCUGUAUAUGUACCUGUACUUUGUUAUAUUUAUAAUCUUUGGAUCCUUCUUCACAUUAAACCUUUUCAUUGGUGUCAUCAUUGACAACUUCAAUCAACAGAAGAAAAAGUUUGGGGGUCAGGAUAUUUUCAUGACAGAGGAACAAAAAAAAUACUACAAUGCCAUGAAGAAGCUUGGCUCAAAGAAACCACAAAAGCCAAUUCCUAGACCAACGAACAAGUUCCAAGGACUCGUAUUUGAUUUUGUUACAAAACAAGUCUUCGAUAUUACCAUUAUGAUUCUCAUCUGCCUUAAUAUGAUUACCAUGAUGGUGGAAACAGAUGACCAGACUGAACAAAUGCAAAAUAAUCUUUCCAGGGUUAAUUUAGUCUUCAUUAUACUUUUCACUGGUGAAUGUGUUCUGAAGAUGAUUUCACUCCGACACUAUUACUUUACCAUCGGCUGGAACAUUUUCGACUUUGUGGUGGUGAUUCUCUCCAUAGUUGGCAUGUUUCUUGCAGAAAUAAUUGAAAAAUACUUUGUUUCGCCAACCUUGUUCAGAGUUAUUCGACUUGCCAGAAUUGGCCGCAUCCUUCGACUUAUUAAGGGUGCUAAAGGAAUCCGCACACUUCUCUUUGCCUUGAUGAUGUCACUUCCUGCCUUGUUCAACAUUGGUCUACUGCUCUUUUUAGUUAUGUUUAUCUAUGCCAUUUUUGGCAUGUCAAAUUUUGCCUAUGUCAAAAAGGAAUCUGGUAUAGAUGACAUGUUCAAUUUUGAAACCUUUGGCAACAGUAUGAUCUGCUUGUUUCAAAUUACAACAUCUGCUGGUUGGGAUGGUUUGCUGGCUCCCAUUCUUAACAGAGGGCAGCCAGACUGUGACAGCGAGAUAGAUCAUCCAGGCAGUUCUAUAAAAGGAAAUUGUGGAAACCCAUCUGUGGGGAUUCUCUUCUUUGUCAGCUACGUUAUUAUAUCUUUUCUAAUUGUGAUAAACAUGUACAUUGCCAUUAUUCUGGAAAACUUUAGCGUCGCUACUGAGGAGAGUGCAGAACCACUAAGUGAAGAUGAUUUUGAAAUGUUCUAUGAAGUCUGGGAGAAGUUUGACCCUGAUGCGACUCAGUUUAUGGAAUAUGCUAAACUGUCCAAUUUUGCUGAUGCUUUGGAGCCUCCGCUUCGUGUACCAAAGCCAAAUAAAAUCCAGCUCAUUGCCAUGGACCUUCCCAUGGUUAGUGGGGAGCGAAUUCAUUGUCUUGACAUAUUGUUUGCUUUCACAAAACGUGUGUUGGGGGAGGGUGGAGAAAUGGAUGCUCUCCGCGGGCAAAUGGAAGAACGCUUCAUGGCAUCAAAUCCAUCCAAGGUCUCUUAUGAACCAAUAACUACAACUCUACGUCGCAAGCAGGAACACAUGUCUGCCAUUGUCAUUCAGAGAGCCUUCAGAUGCUACCUAAUCAGACGAACAGUUAAAAAAGCCUCUUAUUUGUUCAAAGCAAAUAUCAAAGCAGGCGAAAACCUUCUUGAGAGAGAAAAAAUGAUGGUGAUUGAUAAAUUUAAUGACAACUCAACCACAGAAAAAACAGAUGUAACGCCUUCCACGGCUUCCCCACCUUCCUAUGACAGUGUGACCAAACCAGACAAAUAUGAGAGAGACAAAGCAGAGAAGGAUGACAGGGGCAAACAGUUCAGGGAGUAUACAAAGUAAAAAGGAAAACAAAAUGCAAGCUCAAAAUUCCAUUUAUAUGACAAAAUUGUUUACAGCCUGUGAAGGUGAUUUGUAAGUGUCGACGGGACUCCUUGUUUGUGUGGAGAUCUAUGCCAAACUGACAGUGCUAACUAAUCUUUCAAAGUGCUUACUAAUAUUUCAAAUCCUCGUCAGAACACUGUGACUCCAACUGAGGAGUCCAUUCUCUGGAUGAGGGUGUUACUGUUUUUGCUACACAGCUGAUGCUACUAAAGAGUCAACAUGGCUACUCAAAAAAAAGGGACCAGAAAAUGUUUUUCUUAAGUGUAGUUUAAACCUAAAACACUUUAGUAGGACUACUAUUAACACCCAGUGUCUUGCAUUCCAACUGCCAUAUUUUUUUUAACACAAUCUUUGUUGUCGAGUUCAUUGUUUUUAAGUCGUAUGCUGUUUAUUACACAGUAUGAGAAUUUUUGUAAAUGGGCUUUAUGUUAACAGAAUGGGCUUAUGUACUGCUUUAAUGGUAAGAGGACCACAAACAAACAAACAAACAAACAAACAAAAACAAACAAACCCAACAAAUAUCUUGCACGGAAGCAUGCUGUUUCCAUAAAUCAUGCAUGAAGUCACCAAAAAAAAGUAUAUUUUUAUCCACUUCAGUGUUUCAGUGGCUCCCAGCUUUUUGAGGUGUGUAUUUACGAUGUUGCGGUAAAUCCAGGUGUCUAUAUGUACCUUUAAAAAAAGCUCAGAGGAAAUGGGUUAUGAAGCAUAAGAAUAAGACAUGAGUCUUAUUAAGCCAUCUCUAGCUAUCAGUAAGGUUCACAUUUUAUAUGGCCAUGAAAUCCCAGUGUGUGUAAAUAGUUAUUUUACUCCGUGGUGCAUAUUUGAGCAAAUGAGAUUCUUGGCACAGUGGUUGCUGCAUUAAAUAUGUACCACUAUAUGUAGAUUGCAAGCUUUUGACAGGGUCAUGCCGUAUUCUAUAUCAUACACAGUUUGGAAGCUGUCACUGAUGCAUGUUAAUAUUGUCUAUUCCGUCCCCGGCUGAGGAGUCUUUCAUUUUGGGAAGCCAUGUCAGUGGUGAAGUGAAACAAAUUGACCUCAUUCCUCCAUACCAUUAAGCAUCAGUUUGCUGCGUUUCUGUUCUUUUUUUAAAAGAAGGAAUGUUUCGUUUUAGGUUUUUUAUGUUUAAAAUGGAUAUUGUCUUCUGUAUAGCCAUACUGUACAGAACACUCUGCAAACUGCUUAAACUGGUUAAAAUAAGUGGUUAGAUUUUACUAGACGUGAAUAUAAAUACUGUAAGAUAUUCAUUUUAUUUUAUUUUUUAGCAUUUUUGUACAUAAAAUAUGCUAAUAAAAUGGGCUUCAGGUCAACACCACAGCCACCUGUGUUACUUUAGAUCCAUAGCACUUUUUUUCAUUCAAGAACUUCCCUGAAUAAAUGAAAAUGGUAAUUUAAUUAUUUUUUUAA